GCGGGGACGAGAGCGAGCGAGGCCUGCAGACCCGGCUGACAGUCUUGGUUUCGUUACCGCUCGUUCGCCGGAGAGCCGGCCCCGCGAUCGUUAGCGCCCUGCUAUCGCAUUUCCAGUAGAUCGGCAAAAUUAAAGAAUUCAAGGAACUUCUAAGCUUCUGAGGGCAGAAUGUCAGAACUGAGCGACGAAGCCAGUGAGACGGAGCUCUUGAAUCGCAGCCUAACCAUGUGGCACGGAGAAGGCCAGGCGGCCAACCAACAAGAAUUAGACAUACCUUUGGACCUUCACACAGCAGCUUCCAUAGGCCAGUAUGAAGUGGUGAAGGAUAGUAUUGAACGAGGGGAGAAGGACUUGGAUCAGAAGAACUGCGGUGGUUGGACUCCGCUGAUGUACGCCUCCUACAUCGGUUAUGACACCAUUGUGCGCAUGCUGCUACAAGCCGGAGCAAACGUGAAUAUGUCCACCCCAGAAGGACAGACUCCGCUGAUGUUGGCAGCCAGCUGUGGGAAUGAAUGUGCAGCUUCCUUUUUGCUUCAGCAAGGUGCAGAGUUGGAGAUGAAAGACAUCCAUGGUUGGACUGCCCUCUUUCAUUGCACCAGUGCUGGCCACCAACAGAUGGUGAAGUUCUUACUGGACAGUGGAGCCAACGCCAACUGCAGAGAACCCCUUUGUGGAUACUCCGCUCUGAUGGAAGCAGCGGCUUCUGGUCAUGAGAUCAUCGUCCAGUAUCUUCUCAACCAUGGUGUGAAAGUGGACAUACGGGACAGCACGGGGGCCACCGCACGGACUUUGGCCAUGAAAUACGGACACAUGAAGAUUGUGGGGCUGAUAGACUUGCAUACGGCUCCCGUGCCCAAAGUCUUGCGCAGAGGCACAGGAAAGUACGAAGAUCUGAGCUCCUCAGACGAGUCUUACUGCGCUCCUCAAAGACAAAGGCCUGCCCGUAAACCCAGAGGGCCCAGCAUUCACGAAGGGCCCCAUGCUCUGGCCAAGAUCACAGCAGUCAGAACUGGCGGGAAGAGUCGGUUGCCUCAUGAGCAGCUCCCGCCAGAAGGCUACGUCACCUUUAAAGACGAUGGAAGCGGCUUGGAGGGAGGUGACCUUCGAUACCGAGAUGUCAUCUCCCCCAUCAACGACCGUGACGUGGAAAGCAGUAGCAGCCGAGAAGAGAAUUCCUUCUUCACAAAUGACGUGGGUGUCAUCCGGACCAGCAGCAGCAGUGAAGGCCUGGCCAGAACAGUGGGGAUCAGCAGCGAGGGCUCCUUAGAGAGCAAUGAGGAUUCUGACUCGGCAGCCAAAUCCUCCAGCCGAAAACAUGCCAAGAGUUCCAUGAAGGCCAAGAAUCGCUAUGGCAACAGUGACACUCACUGGCCUUGGAAAGCCAAGGCCUCUGCUCAACACCACGGCCCAUCUAAUGAUGAAACGCCCUCCUGUGCUGGACCACAGGAUCUGGCCACUUUCCUAGACCAGAUUGGCUGCCUGAAGUACUUGCAAAUCUUUGAGGAGCAAGAUAUCGACCUCCGCAUCUUCCUAACUUUAACGGAGAGCGACCUAAAAGAGAUCGGCAUCACGCUCUUUGGACCGAAGAGGAAGAUGACCUCCGCCAUUGCCCGAUGGCACAGCAGUGCCCGACCACUGAGCGAUGCCCUUGAGCUGGCCUAUGCUGACCGUCUGGAAGCCGAAAUGCAAGAAUUGGCCAUCCAGCUUCACAAGAGGUGCGAGGAAGUCAAAGGGCUGAAAGGACAGGUGAGCCAAGAGCAGGAGCUGCGAGCGGUAGUCGAGAGCUGCCUCAUGGAGCAGGACGUGGCCUGGAGCAAUGCCCAGGCUCAAGUCCAAGAAGUCCAGGGCGUCACCAGAAGUGCUGGGAUCCUCCUGGAACAGAUGCAGGCCUGUCAGGCAGAGCUGGCUUCCCGGAUCAACCAGGAGCAGGCAGGCGGCCAGAGAUCGGAGAUCAGAGCACAGCUAGGAGCCAGCCCCGAAGGAUGGUCACCUACCUUGAAGGCCCUUAGCCUGCCUGAGCUGUCAGCUCUUCUGGAGGAAUGUGUGGGGGAAAUGGGGACAACCCUCUGUUCUGUCAACCAUAAUCUCGAGAGGCUACAAUGUCCAGAGAAGGGGAAGGCUGUCCGCAAACAGCCCUAGCAGUAGAGGAAGACAUGCUGACGUUGGGUGACCGUUCCACCCUGAAGCUGUGUUUGCCUGGAAGAGUGAAGUGAGUGCAAGUGACCGAUCGGGCUGCCCACGCCAUCUACAGUGAGGGUCUCGCUAUACGUGGCUGCCAUCGUUGGCGAAUGAGGGCAGAUCCGCUGAAUGGCGCAACGGCGGUGCCGAAGGAGAAAGGCGGGUCUGAUUCUGCAAAGCCAGAAGAGCGGUGAGCACAGAAGCUCUCUAAAGCUUGGAAGCGCCAAGCAAACAAGUUCACAUGUGCCUAGUUGUGGAAGACGUGCUUGCUGCCUCUUAAUAAGCAAGCAAGCAUUGUUAGUAUCAAUAUUUAAGCUUCUUCUUCCUCCAUCUCUUGGGUCCACAACAGGAAAUGUCACGACAAUAAAACUCUCAGCCUAAGGACUUCAUCCUCUUUUGACCAAGAGGCCGAAAGAGUUUGCAAUUCUCCUCUUCCCCAAUUUUAUCCUUUUUUCCCUCCUCCAAUCAAAUGUGAUUUUUUAAAAAAAUAAAAUAAAAUGGAAAGGCUUAUUUUUCGCAGGAAAAAAAUGUACCUUUUGGGACCCUUUUAGCACACAAUUUGAGAUUUUAGUCUCAUGCUUGACAAUGUGGGGCGUCUCCCCUUAGCAAAACUGGAGUUGUAAAAUCUUCAGGCAGAACAAAGGACUCUGGAUUAGUUCUGAAGAGCCAGAGAUAAUACCCUGGUCAGAAAGAAUAAUAAACCUAGUGUAUGUAAGGCCCGGGUGUCAAACUCGAUUUCAUUGAGGGCUGCAUCAGGGUUGUGUUUGAUCUCAGAGGGCCAGGUGGCUGUCGCUGACCCGUGUGACACGGGUGUCAUGGGGGAAAACCUGUGGUGGCCAAGUGCUAAGGCAGGACUUCCCUGAGACCCUCCCUCACUGUCAUCAUAAUCUUCCUUCCUUCCUUCCUUCCUUCCUUCCCAUGGUGGUGCAGUGGUUAGAAUGCAGUAUUGCAAGCCAACUCUGCCCACUGUCUGGAGUUCGAACCUGACUGGCUCAAGGUUGACUUGGCCUUCCAUCCUUCCCAGGUGGAUCAAAUUUUUCCUUCCCUCUUCAUUCUAAUUUCUUCUUCCUUCCCCUCUUUCCUUAUUUUUCCUUCGUUCUCUCUUUCCAUUUUUCUUUUCUUUUUUUCUUCUUCCUGCCUCCCGCAGCACUCUGUCAGCGAAAACAGGGCGCAGGGGGACUGCGCAGAGCCUCCCCCCCCCCGCGCCCCGUUUUCACUAGUAGAGCCACUGCAGGCCAGUCCUUUGUUAUUUCCAGGCCGGCCCUAUGGGCCAGAUUUAAGCACCUUUGAGUUUGACAGCCCUGAUGUAAGGCCUCAUGUAAGAUCUUCGCUAUAGAGCUCAUGCUCUUUAAAUUAAAAUUAAAAAAAAAAACAUAUUGAAGUAAUCUCGUGGAUCGUUAUCCCAGGAUCAUUGAUAUUGUAAGAUGGUCUUGAGGUUCAAAGCAGAAGGUUGCCUAGAAGUCCAUCUAGAAGUCAAUGGUGAUGAUCCUGCAAAUUUUGAAAAAGUUGCAUCUUCUAGAGCAGCGGCUCCCAACCUUUUGGGCACCAGGGACUGGUUCUGUGGAGAAAGGUUUUUCCACAGACUGGAUGGGUGCGUGUUUCAUGCGGUGCGUGUAUCCUGCAGAUGGGGGCGGGGGCUUCCCUUGUUUGCACGGACCAGUUUCUGGCAUGCCAAUCCACGGACCAGGGGUUGGAGACCCCCCUUCUAGAGCCUGUCUGGGAUUGUUGAAGCGCUGAUGGGAGGGGAGUGAAGUGCCUUUUCAUUCAUCUGUAUCUUAUGUCAGCGUUCUAGAAAAACCCAACUCUAAUUAAAAACUCCGAGGCAAGCAUUUUCUCAAAGUUCCAUUUAUUAGAGUAGGUAUACUGGCACAUCUGGGAAAACCCGAAUCUGAGAGUUCCGGAUUUUCCCUCAGUAAAUCAAAAACCCCCAAAACCAUCCCCUGCACCCAUCAGUCCCAUCACAUGGUCCAAUCAUCAUCCGUCCCAUAUCGAGACAUCACUCCAACCACUCCUCCUCCAGAUGCAUGACCUUAACCGAAAUGAAGAAUGCUAUUCUGUCUAACUACAUUCCCUCUACUAAAUCCCCCCUUUCCUACUUCCAGUGCUAAUAUGGCUUCCAAAGCUGACCUCUUACUGAUACGCACAUCUCACUCUACCUUGUGUUUGCCAGAGAUUUCGAAAGUGUAGAUUACAAAACUCAAUGAACCUGGUUCUCCUUACAAAUUGAAUCGCCCAGAACUGGCUUGGCUGCCAUCAGCAGCAAGCUUUUGUGUGCUGUUCCUUGAUACGUUUCAAGCAGUGCAGAAAGAUUAGCAUGGCUUUUAGAAAGAUUCUCUGCUUGAUCAGAAGACUGAUGCUGCCAAAGAGUGCCUUUGGUCAUUGAUUGGACUUCCUUCUCUGCUUCACCCCAUGAUCGCGUGAGUAUUUCUAAACCUUGAGGGACCACUCCAGGGUUCACAGCUGCUAACCCUCCAGGGUUCAUGGCUGCUAACCCUCGUAGUUAAAGGGAGUUGGGUGUAUAAUGUAUAAUGUAUUAUUUUCCAGUGAACACCAUAAGCCUAUUCCUCAGAAGCGGUACAAUAUUUUAAAGAAUGUACUUCGAUUUUUUAAAUCAUUGUUACAGUUUGGUUUCUCUUCGGAUCGUAUACUGUACAACUUUUGUCUUUUAUAUUAAAGAUUGUGAUUUGU